CAACAUCAAUCAAAUACCUGCAAACUUACAGAGGACUGUGGACGGGGCGGACGGGUGGAAAAUUACAUUUAAAUCUUUUCAAUCGGGUGGAGAACAUAUAAAGCAACCUGUGCUGAGAGUGACUUCCACUCUUUUAAGGAAAAGUGUCUUUGUAGCAACAUAAGCAAAAGAAUUGGGCAUGCAGAGGGGACUGAUGGACCGAAAAACGGCUGCUGAUACCCCCGAGAUUGAAUUGUUCGUCAAGGCCAGCAGUGAUGCUGAGAGUGUGGGCAAUUGUCCUUUCUGCCAGAGACUCUUCAUGAUUCUCUGGUUGAAGGGCGCCAACUUUAAAAUCACCACUGUGGACAUGAAGCAGCCGCAGCCCUCACUGAAGGCCUUGGCGCCGGGCUCUCAGCCUCCCUUCCUGCUCUACAACGGUGACGUCAAAACAGACACCAAUAAGAUUGAGGAGUUCCUGGAGGAGAAUCUGGCGCCGCCACAGUACCCAAAACUGUGCUGUCGAUACAAGGAGUCAACCUCCAUUGGAGAAGACAUCUUCCGGAAAUUCUCAGCAUACAUAAAGAAUCCCAACCCUGUACUAAAUGAAAUGCUGGAGAAGAAAUUCUUAUCAACCCUGGUGAAGCUCAACAUGUACUUUGACACGCCGCUCCUUCACGAGCUGGACCACAACCCAAAUGCCACAGAGUCUUGUCGUCCCUACCUGGACGGGGACAGUCUCACUUUGGCCGACUGCAACUUGCUUCCCAAACUCAACAUUGUCAAGGUGGUGUGUAAGAAGUAUCGCAACUUUGACAUCCCUGCAGAGCUGAAGGGUCUCAAACGUUACCUGGACAACGCCUACAAAAGGGACGAGUUUCGCUUCACCUGCCCCAAUGACUCCGAGAUCCUCAUCGCGUACCAAUCUGUGGCAAAGUAUCUGAAUACCAAAUAGAUGCACGGACAAAUAAUUGUAGUGUAUUGAGUGGUUUGUUGAUUGUGAUAGCAUGUGGUCAAAUAUCUUGUAUGCUGUACGGGUAUGCUGCAUUGACUUCCUAAAUCGUGUGCUUUUGUUUCAGUGGACGUCUUAUUCAAAGAGCGUGGAAGCACUCCAUUAACAAAAGGAUAUGAAUGCCCAGUGCCGCCGUGCAUUUAUGUAUUAGAAUAUUAAUUUUUAUAUACUUGAUAUAAGCUGCAAUGAAGGAAUAACGUCUUUGAUGUUAAUGUGCUCAUUUUCUUCGUAACAUCAGUACAGUAUAUGCUUUUGGUUUUACAGCAUCUUUUGAUGACAGAUAUGUACAUAUCUUUGUCAUAAUCUAUCCAACUAAUUUAAAUAAUUUAAUAAAAAUGAAAUGUCAAAAAUGCU